UCGUUUCACUGUAACGCUCGUGUUCUUAAAGCUUCUCUCGUCACAAGGGAGAAGAAACUCGUCUCGCAGAGAGACCACAACAACAACAACAAAAGAGAGGGAAAAUUGCGUAGAAGAGAAUCACAAACCCUAAACCCCCUCGAGAGAAUCAAACGAACCCUACUUUCUGACCUAGUCGUCGGCCACACCUCCUUGAGCUUUGCCGCUAUAAGGAACAGCAAAAGCCCCCAGGCUAAGAACAAUUCCCACCGCGACGGAAACCCUAACGCAACCGUUUCAGCCAUGAGUCCGAUUCAGAAUUUCGAGCAACACUCCAGUCGUCUCGUCGAGCCUGACCUUCCUACUCAGACGAGGCUUGAGAUGGUGGUGGAGGUCAGGGAGAGCCUAGAGAUCACACACACGGCUGAUUACUCGAGUUUUCUCAAAUGCUACUUCAAGGCGUCUUCGCUGAUUCUUCUUCAGAUCACAAAGCCUCAGUUCGUUGAUAAUCUCGACCACAAGCUACGCAACGUCGUCCUCGAGAUCCUCAACCGUAUACCUCACAGCGAGGUCCUUCGUCCCUAUGUUCAAGACCUUUUGAAAGUCGCAAUGCAGGUGCUCACCACGGAUAACGAAGAGAACGGGCUUAUAUGCCUCCGCAUUAUCUUUGACCUUCUCAGGAACUUUAGGCCCGCGUUAGAGAAGGAGGUUCAGCCGUUUUUGGAUUUUUUCCUUAAGAUUUACCAGAACUUCGGAUUGACCGUCGGUCAUUUUCUCGAGGAGGUUAAAACGGAAGAGGGGAAGCCUGUGGAGAUAUCUGCACCACCGUCUGAUCAGUCGCUCUCCCUUGCAACGCAUUUCAGGAACGGGAAGAUUAACCCGAGUACGCGUUCGUUUAAAAUAGUCGCCGAGAGCCCUCUCGUUGUUAUGUUUCUUUUACAGCUCUAUAGCAGGCUUGUUCACAACAAUAUUCCUGCCUUGUUGCCCCUGAUGUUUGAUGCUAUAUCUGUCACUGGACCUGAGAAAUUGCCUUCACGUAUGAAGCGUCAGUUCAUCGAACUCAAGGGUGCUCAGAUUAAGACGGUUUCUUUUUUAACUUACUUGUUAAAAAGUUGUGCCGAAUAUAUCAGGCCGCACGAAGAAAGCAUAUGUAAGAGCAUUGUAAAUUUGCUUGUCACCUGUUCGGAUUCUGCAUCGAUCAGAAAGGAACUAUUAGUCUCACUAAAGCAUAUACUUGGGACGGAUUUUAAGAGGGGUUUAUUUCCCCAUCUUGACACUCUUUUGGAAGAAAGGGUUCUAGUAGGAACAGGACGAGCAUGCUUCGAGUCUUUGAGACCUCUGGCUUACAGCCUACUGGCCGAGAUUGUUCACCAUGUUCGAGCAGAUCUGUCCAUUUCUCAGGUUCUCCCCGUUGUUUCUUUGCAAUUUGUUUGCUUCUGCUUUAAAAAAAUUAUAUGUUUAUCUGAGAGGGUUAUAAUUCUGGAACCUAUGCAAUAAUUGGCAUUGGAUUAUAUAUAACUGAUGCUUUGUGUUCAAGUACACAGUUGUUGCUUUGAAUCUGUAGAUUUGUGGUUGGGUCUAAAUAAGUAUAUAUAGCAACUGUGAUAAGAAAGUGCUCGGGCUUGGGAAAGUUUUGUUUUGCUGAUUGUAGACAUGAAACCCAAAGACCGAAGAUAUUCUGGGGGAAGAAGAUUUCAUCAACAUAUAAUCUUAGGA